CGCUGAUAAGUCCUCCUUUUAAUCACUUUCAUUGACUAAUCAAAUUAAAAUGUCUGCUAAGGUACCAAGAAGUUUUCGAUUAUUAGAGGAACUAGAGAAAGGCGAAAAAGGGCUAGGUGCUGAAUCUUGUUCAUAUGGUCUAGCUGACAAUGAUGAUAUUUCGAUGACUCAUUGGAAUGGAACUAUUUUAGGUCCUCCACACAGUGUUCAUGAAAAUCGUAUUUACAGUCUUUCUCUAGAAUGCAAUCAAGAUUAUCCAGAUAACCCUCCUAUUGUUAGAUUUAUUUCAAAAAUUAACUUGCCUGGUGUGAGUAAUAUUAACGGUGUAAUUGAUUCCAAAAAGUUUCCAAUGCUAAAGAAUUGGAAAAGAACAUAUACAAUGGAGAUGCUUUUGUUAGAAUUAAGAAGAGAAAUGGGCUCGUCUUCGAAUAAAAGAUUGAGUCAACCUUCCGAGGGCUCAACAUAUUAAGGAAAUUAACUGUCACAACAGUAAAUUGAUAUUUUUAUUUUUAUUUUUAUUUUUCGUAUCCUGC